AUGAAGGAGAGUAGUAGAAAACAAGGUGCAGCAUCACCAUGUGCAGCAUGCAAGUUACUGAGAAGAAGAUGUGCCCAUGAUUGUGUUUUUGCUCCUUAUUUUCCGGCCGAUGAGCCUCAAAAGUUUGCCAGUGUGCACAAGGUCUUUGGUGCUAGCAAUGUCAACAAGAUGCUGCAGGAUUUGCCUGAAUAUCAACGAGGUGAUGCAGUGAGUUCAAUGGUUUACGAAGCAAACGCUAGAGUUCGAGAUCCAGUGUAUGGCUGCGUGGGAGCAAUAUCAUCUCUGCAACAACAAAUCGACAACCUACAAGCUCAGUUGGCACUAGCACAGGCUGAAGUGGUACACAUGCGAAUGCGCCAGUAUUCAUCAAUUCCCGGUACUGCCACUAAUUCACCAGAAAAUGCCUUGCCGUCGUCCAGUCAUGCACACUCUCAGUCGACCAAGUCCCUUUUUAACAUGGACAUGGUGGUAGAUCAUACCGAUAUGGAAGAGUCCUUGUGGUCAUGCUAG